CUGGCUAGCCCGGGCGAUGGCGGCCGUCAUGGCGGCGCUGUGGGUGGGUGCCGCGGGCCCAUGAGGCGCCCUCAGUCUUCACCCGGACGCCCCUCCCGGCUCUUGACAGCGAAGGCGGCGGUCCCGCACGCGUUGUCAUGGCGGGCGUCUUUGACAUCGAUCUCGACCAGCCCGAAGAGGCGGCCUCGGACGAGGAGCUGGAGGAAGGGGGUCACUUAAGCGAAAGUAUGGAUCAUGGAAGAGUCAGUCCAUAUGAGCUCGGCAUGGAGCAUUGUGAGAAAUUCGAGAUUUCAGAAACCAGCGUAAACCGAGGUCCUGAGAAGAUCCGCCCAGAGUGCUUUGAGCUGCUCCGUGUUCUUGGCAAAGGGGGCUACGGAAAGGUUUUCCAAGUUCGCAAAGUAACGGGAGCAAACACGGGCAAAAUUUUUGCCAUGAAGGUGCUGAAAAAGGCGAUGAUUGUGAGGAACGCAAAAGACACCGCUCACACCAAAGCCGAGCGGAAUAUCUUGGAGGAGGUCAAGCAUCCAUUUAUCGUCGACUUGAUUUAUGCCUUUCAGACCGGUGGAAAACUCUACCUCAUCCUCGAGUAUCUCAGUGGAGGAGAACUCUUCAUGCAGUUGGAACGAGAGGGGAUAUUUAUGGAAGACACUGCUUGUUUCUACUUGGCUGAAAUUUCGAUGGCUUUGGGACACCUGCAUCAGAAAGGAAUCAUCUACCGUGACUUAAAGCCAGAAAACAUCAUGCUGAAUCACCAAGGUCACGUUAAACUGACAGAUUUUGGACUGUGUAAAGAAUCCAUUCAUGAUGGAACAGUCACACAUACGUUCUGUGGAACAAUAGAAUACAUGGCCCCUGAAAUUUUGAUGAGGAGUGGGCACAACCGUGCUGUGGACUGGUGGAGUUUGGGGGCAUUAAUGUAUGACAUGCUGACUGGAGCACCCCCUUUUACUGGGGAGAACCGGAAGAAAACGAUUGACAAGAUCCUCAAGUGUAAACUGAACUUGCCUCCCUACCUCACACAAGAAGCCAGAGAUCUGCUUAAAAAGCUGCUAAAGAGAAAUGCUGCCUCACGUCUAGGAGCGGGUCCUGGAGACACUGGAGAAGUUCAGGGUCAUCCCUUCUUCAGACACAUCAGUUGGGAAGAACUGCUAGCUCGGAAGGUGGAGCCACCUUUUAAACCCUUAUUGCAAUCCGAAGAAGACGUGAGCCAAUUUGAUGCAAAAUUUACACGUCAGACUCCCGUCGAUAGCCCGGACGACUCGACCCUCAGCGAAAGUGCCAACCAAGUUUUCUUGGGUUUCACGUAUGUGGCUCCAUCCGUACUUGAAAGCGUAAAAGAGAAGUUUUCCUUUGAACCAAAAAUUCGGUCACCUCGCCGAUUCAUUGGCAGUCCUCGGACCCCCAUCAGCCCUGUCAAGUUCUCUCCAGGGGACUUCUGGGGGCGAGGCGGUUCCUCCGGCGUGGCCAAUCCUCAGCUGCCCGUGGACUACCCCAUGGAGACAGGUGGGAUCGAACAGAUGGAUGUAACAGUCUGCGGAGAAGCCUCAGCUCCGCUUCCCAUCCGGCAGCCCAACACCGGGCCGUACAAAAAGCAAGCCUUCCCCAUCAUUUCCAAACGGCCAGAGCACUUGCGCAUGAAUCUAUGACAUCAUCUAUGGCCGCAGUCCUCCCCCUGAACCCGCUUGAGCGACAGCAGAAGACAAAGGACAGCUCUCUGCAAGGGCAGCCGUGCCUCACCCAGCCCUCCUCCUGCCAAAAUACGAGACCUCUCGUGGCUUUUUUUUUCUCCCCCCCCCCCUUCAGCGACGGUAUCAAGUUAGUCGUUGCACAGAAUAAUGGACUGGAAAAGAAGAAUGGGGGGGGGAAAUGGAUGCCCCCCCCGCCUCCUUCCUUUCUCUUUUUCCCCACCUCCUCAUUCCCUCCUUUGAAUCAAUGGUGCAUAAAGACAGGACGUAAGCAAAAAAUAUAUAUAUAUGGUAUUAUACAACUUAGGCACAUCAGCUAACCGAUACGCAGCGUGGCAUCUUUUCUGCUCUUAUCAAAGAUAUUUUUUUUUCCCCACAGUUCAAUCGCUUGAAGCUAACAGGAUGGAGAGUAGACUGGUUCUCCUGCAUGAUUGUGCCCCCGGGGGAAGUCCAUGCCAAUGGGCAAAAAUGCAGAAUGCCAGCCUGGGCCUUUUCUACCUGAGGUUUUAAUCUUACCAAGUUCCUCCAGGUGGCUUCCUGCAGUUUUAAGAAUUAUCGGAGGUCUGAGGCGUAACUCCAACCAUUUAGGAUUCCACGUGCAAAAAAAAAAAAAAAAA